UGUCUAGAUUAGUUGAGCAGCAACAAGCUAGCUGUUCGGACGUGUGAUCCGGUUUGUUUAAUUGUUUAUACUCACUUUGUUUACGUUGUGUGUCUGAAAGUGGGUAAUAAUAACCUCUCGGGUGAAAUAAUCUCACUUCAAGUGUGAAUAGGACAUCGCAUACAAUGCAAGGUAAAGACGCUCACAGUUUAGACGCGGGGUACCCGACGCUUCCCAUGCAGGAUACGACGCCUCGUACUGCGCCACCUCCGUAUACUGAUCACCCUCAGCCUCAACCUGCAUACCCCCACCCGCCACAAGAUGCUAACACUGGGUAUCCACACCCGACUGCCGGGUACCCGCAUCCUCAAGCUGGCCCGACAGCGCCUGGAGCCACCGUGAUCACCGGACCGACCAUCAUCGUUCAAACAGUCGUGGGGCCAGACUCUACCCGCACGACGUGCCGUAAUUGUAAUACCCAGAUUUCUACAAGGAUUGACAGGAAACCGACGAUGAAGACGCAUCUCAUGGCGGUGUUACUCUGUGUACUUGGGUGCUGGUGCUGCGUGUGUGUGCCCUAUUGCAUGGACUCCUGCCUCGACGUUGACCACUACUGCCCUAAGUGCGGAGCCUUUGUUGGAUCUUACGCACACUAAAGUCGCUUUACACUAUAGUUAAAGAAAUAUUUUCAAUGCUAUGUUUAAUACCAUUUAGUAGUGCCCGUCGCUAAAUGGUCAAUCUCUACUCGAAGAGCCAAGUAGUGAGCUAAGGACGAACAAAUUUGUCGUUUUCAAUCUUACCCCAUCUCUGGUAUUUACAUCUAUCAGAAAAAAGAUACUUACAUAUAGUAAAACCUAACACUAACGUAUUAUUAUUAAAUUGUAUUUGAUUUAUCAAAUCUAAAUAAGGCUGUUCGUACCCUAAGGAUUAACACCAUGUUUCCGUCUUUACCCGGUAAAAUUUCACGGGGUAAGAUGAAUAUAGUAUGGUUUUUUAUAUCAAAAAGUACGGUAUAUCAACUGCAUAAGCACGGCAUAUCCCUGUACCGUGGGGUUAAGAGUAAAAUAAAUAUGUAGCUUAAUCUUUUGAGCGUUUCUGCAUUGUCCGAUCCGGUAUCGGAUGUCGGAAGGAAGUAAAAUGUAAGAUAUAUUUGUUGUACUUCUUUGAAUUUAUAUAUGCAUUGAAUAAAUCAUUAUUACUAAAAAACGAUAAAUAACGCAAAAAAGGCGGACUUAAUGCCAAUUACACUCCUGCAGCUGUUUUUGUCAUAGGCGCCUUUCGACAUCCGAUAUCGGAAAGGUGCUUCCGAUAAAUUUAGCCAUGUCGGUCCCCCCGUCAGCUGUCGGAUAGUAUAUCAUUGUGUGCGUAUGUGUAGGCAUAAUGUUUAUUGUAGUGUGCGAGACCGCUAAAGAUCAUUCAUAUAAUAUAUGUACCUACACAGUUUUAGCAUCAAAAUAAUAAUGUGGUUCCGCCAGUUAAAUUCAGAAUUAACCUGGCUGAGAGCUAAUUUAUUUAAAACCAUUGAUCUUGAUUUCUGAAAUACCAAGAGUGUAGUUUGUAAUUUGUUAAAAUUAUAAAUCUUGCCACAGAAAACGGUUUUCACUAUAUUGAUAUAAAAAUAUAAAAAUAAGUAAGGAAUUAACUAGGUAUAAUUAUUAUCUUGAUUUCAUAAAAAUAUUUUUUAUCACACUUGCUCGGAAAAGAUUUCAUUUCACGCAGAAUAAAGGCCUAUUAUUGUUCCUGCGGGAGUUAUGGAUUGUAAAAAAAAAAACUAUAAUUCACUACGGAGUUAUAGGGGAUUUUUUUUAAUGAUGUUACUAAUUCAUACGGAUUAACUAGGUAUUUUUACUUUUAUUUUUUUAAAUAAUUUAGUACUAUUCUUAGUUUAGUUUUACUUAAAUUAAUACCCUGUACUUCGAUUUUCUUUUGGUGAUUGCAAAUAAGAGUAAGUGAUAUAGAAAUCUGUUGAGUAAAUGAGUAAUACUCGUAAAUA